AGUAAACAUUAAGGACUAAUGGAUAGUGACAAUUUCUGCAAGUAGUUCUCCUAUUUUGGGGCUGCCUUUUGAUUACAGCCUCUAGCUGGAGAAAUGUUCUAAAAGCUUUCCAUGUCACCAUCUUUCCUUAUCCUUCUUCAACCCAACAAACAGAAAAUUUUCUGCAUCCCAUUUCCUGCAGGACCACCCCAUUUUGGCUGCAUUUUCAGGUUCUUUUGCAGCAUAUCAGAAACCGGUGAUUGUGCUAGAGGUAACAUGUAACAUUUUUUACCACCAGUUUCUUCGACAAAAUAUCCAAUCUUGCCACUGUCGGAACCAUUGAUCAAUUCUUAUGAAAGCUCUCUGAUAAGGUAACAUGCACGUAACAGUUUGUUCAUGAUAUGGACAACAAUUUUCUGUGUUUAUCCCAAGGAGCCAGAAAUAUGUUUGUAGGGCAGGAUAGAAUGGGAUCGCAAUUUAUCUUGCAUUAUUGUUCGUUCUUAUGCCUUUGAAAUUGUAGUUUCACUCUCAUUUGAGUUUCUUCGAACAAUGUCUUUCCAAUAUCCAUUUAGAAACUUCUCAGUGGGAGCUUCCUUAUCAUCUGUACCAGAAAAAAUACCAUAUGAUCCAUUGACAAGUACAACGCCUCAGAAUACCGUCACGUGCGCCUACCAGGCUUAUGUUGCAGGUUAUUGGCGUAACCUCACGGUUUUUUGGUGCAAGAACCAUAUGAAUCACACCCUCAACCUCAUUAUCAAUAACCUUGAAGGUGAAGUUUGUUGCAAUUGCAAGAUUGACCUUAAGCCUUGGCUUUUCUGGAGCAAAAAAGGGAGUAAGUCCUUCGAGCUUGAAGGGUGCCAAGUAGAUUUACAUUGGGAUUUCCGAUCAGCUAAAUUUGCUGGGAGUCCUGAGCCGGCUAGUGAUUAUUAUGUUGCUGUAGUUUCAGACGAAGAGAUUGUAUUAUCGUUGGGAGAUUACAAGAAAAAGGCUUAUAAGAGAGCGAAUGCAAGACCACCACUUGUUGAGGCUAUCUUAUAUUUGAAAAAGGAACACGUAUUUCACAAGAAAACCUUCUCAACCAGAGCUAAAUUCGACGAAAAGAAACAUGAGCAUGAUAUUAUUGUAGAGAGUUCUACAGGAGGGCCAAGAGAUCCUGAAAUGUGGAUUAGCAUGGAUGGAAUCAUCAUGAUUCAUGUUCGGAAUUUACAGUGGAAAUUCAGAGGGAACCAAACUGUGAUGUUGAGCAGGCAACCAGUUCAAGUGUUCUGGGAUGUCCAUGAUUGGCUGUUUACUGCCCCUGGGACUGGCCAUGGCUUGUUCAUAUUCAAACCAGGGGUUUCAGAAUCAGAAGAUGACAGGGAUAGCAGCAGUUAUGGUGCCCAGAGUGAUACCAGUGAUGGGAGUAUGUAUUUUUCAACCAGGAGUGUCUCAGCAACACCGGAAUUCUGCCUUUUCCUUUACGCCUGGAAGAUCGAGUAAGGUUUGUUGUAAUAUAUGGAAAUGGCUACAUGACACAAGCAUUCUUAUGGCUAGAACUUUCCCUGCCAGUAGAAGCUUAACCUGUAAAGUUAGUUACCAGUUAUCUCCCUGAUCUGAGCCCUUUUAUGGAUCUAUAUCAGAUACAUUAUAUUUUCCAUGUCCAUUGUGGAAGCAUAGUUGAGAAUUUCAACAUGUAGUUUUAUCCCGUACAGUUCUUUACAUA